GAAGAAGUCUUGGAUAAGUUUGUUAAUUGUCACGAGCAAACAUAUGAAGAAUUUCUGAGCACUUUCACUCAUCUUUCAAAAGAACAGGGCACUGAGGAAUGGCAGGGAGCCACUGGAAGUCUGCUUGCCUCUAACUUUGAUGAAGUUUGAAGAACCCUUUCAUUCCUCCUCACUCCUGUUUCCAAGCAUCUCCAUGCCUAUCUUGCUCCACGCUGCUGCCACUGCUUGUCUCCGCCCUAGGACUGAUGAUUUUACAGCCAUAACUGUGGCUGUAAAAGAGGAAGAAGUCAGGGAGGAUAAUGUGACCAAAAGAGGAGCCUUUGGAACCAAUUCUUCAGAAAACAAUUUUACUUCAGUAAAAUUUACUCAGAGAAAUGAACCAAAUGAUCACCAUCUUAGCAAUAAAGCCAUCUUUCUUCGUACUUCGUCACAGUGUUCAGAAGAGGAACAGAUAGUGAUGGAUGAAGGCCAAAAAGUUGGCAGUUCCUUUCAAGGUGAUCUGAAUCGGGCAGGAAAGGUGAAGGUAGACAACUUCCUUGAUUUCGAAGAUUUGGACUUGGAUGAAGAGAUUAAGCCCCAAAUGAGUAAGGAUUUGCUGCUGCUUCCAGGAGAGGUGGAGCAGGACAUGAGCAUGAGUGUUCCUUCUUACAUUCCUUCCGCGCCUCUUACCUCUGGAGUGAAGCCAAGGCCCACUGGAAAAGGAGCAGACAAACAAAGGGAAGAGAUAGUCGGAGAUGAAGUUCGGCCCUUCUCACUUGAUGAAGAAUUUGAUUAUGACGCUGUGAUGCUGACCCCCAAGUUCACUCUUGCAGAGAUAGAUGCCAUCAAAGAGCUAUGCAAGCAAAAGAGCAAGAGCACAGACUUAGAGAAACCCCGUGACUGAUCCACCAAGACAUCUUCAUGUUUAUUUUUAUUUUGUUCUUAUUCGAGCAACAUUAGAAUAAAAUAUAUACCUACUAUAA